GAGCUCAGGAAGAGGUUGCCCCUUAUGCGGGACCUGUGCCCAGCCCAGCACGCUGCAGGAGGCCAUGACCCGCCAGCUGUCAGCUCAAGGCAGACUCCUGGAUUCUUUGGAAAGGAAAGUCCUGGAAAUGAGAACAGCUCUGGAGGACCUGGCAUGCGGUCUAGAAGACAGACUGUGUGUGUCUGUGCCUUUGGUGGCUCUACAGAGAAGGAAGUCACUGCCUGUCCGAACCUCUAUGGAGGAAGUCUAUGUUCGCUUGGACACACCUAGAGAGCGUAAAAUAGUGUCCCAAGCCCUUAACGUGGCCUCAGAGAAAGGCAUAUUACUAGAGGUAAAUGAAAACAAUGGAAUUAGAAGUGAGGACCAUCUAACUGAAAAAGAUUCAUCAGAAGUCAAAAUUCAGCAUGAAGUUAAAUUACAAAACAAAGGAGAAAAAGAAAAAUCCAUUGUAACCUCCAAGUCACAUAAUCUGCAGCAAACACAGAAUAUCAUUAAAAUGGAAAAUAAGAAUAAUAUCAAGACACCUGUCGUUGCUCCUGAAUCUAUGGUGUCCCAGAGGUUGGUCGCUCCAAGGAGUCCUUCACCAAAGCCAGAAGUCCAAAACGAGAAGGAAGUUCCAACACCAAACAGUAAAGUAACCAAGAUGACAACAACUUCUGCUCAUAUGACAAAAGCAGUGGCUUCGUCUGACACAAUCGUGCCGAAACAUACUGGAACAGUAAAUAAAAUUCAGCCACAAAAUCCUAAUGUACCAAAGAAAACUGAACCAGUUUCUCCUCCAACAACAAAAAUGGCAUCAGGUACCAACACACUGGUACCCAACAUUUCUCCUAAGCUGACUUCGCCAGCAAAUCUUGUUCCUCCCGCACAGAGCUUUGGCACAUUAUCAGAAAAUAAACCAACAAAAAAAAUAGAAGAAGAUUCAACACUGUUUCCACCAAGCCACAAACCACCAAAAACAAUGGGUUUAACUGUUACCACGGCAACAAAGGAAGCUUCUUUUCUUAGACAAGUGCAGAGCUGUCCCAACUCUUUGCAAAGAUUGCAGAUUACUGCUGGUAAAAAAGAUCCACCCCUCACAUCACCUUUAGAAAAGAGAAGGCCCGGAUCAUCUGAUUCGAAGCAUGUAGCUGGUGGAAUACAGAUUAAAAUAAACCCAGCUGUAGACAAACCUCCAGCUCAGGCGAAAGUCAACAAUCCCCCUAAAACCUGUCUUAAAAUGAUAGAUGAUGUUCCAUCUCAGCCGGCACCUUUCUCUCACCGGUUUGUUGCAUUAAAGUCAAACCCUCCACCCUGUGACACCUUCAGUAUCCACACUAGAGAAGUUCUGGGAGGUGGCCGCUUUGGCAAGGUGCACAAAUGUACAGAGAAUAAGACGGGGAUGAGGCUUGCUGCUAAAAUUAUCAACACAAGAAAUGCCAAAGAAAGAGACAUGGCACUGAAUGAGAUCCUGGUCAUGAACCAGCUCAGCCACCCCAACAUUCUUCAACUCUACGAAGCUUUUGAGGUCAAGAAUCAAGUCGUGCUGAUAUUGGAGUUUGUGGAGGGGGGUGAGCUGUUUGAAAGAAUCGUGGAUGAGAGCUGCCCGCUGACUGAGGUGGAUGCCAUGGUCUUUGUGAAACAGAUCUGUGAGGGACUCCAGUACAUGCAUCAGAUGUACGUCCUUCACCUGGACCUUAAGCCAGAAAACAUCCUUCUUAUUAAUCACUCUAGCCAUCAGGUGAAGAUUAUUGACUUUGGACUUGCCAGAAGAUACAAACCUAGAGAAAAGCUCAAGGUUUCUUUUGGAACACCUGAAUUUUUGGCUCCAGAGGUGGUGAACUUUGAUUUUGUCUCGUUUCCUACAGACAUGUGGACUUUGGGCGUCGUCACAUAUAUGCUGUUAAGUGGCCUUUCUCCUUUUCUGGGUGAUGAUGACAGCCAGACCCUCAACAAUGUGCUCAUGUGCAACUGGUACUUUGAUGAGGAUGCGUUCGAGCAUGUCUCUGCAGAGGCUCGAGACUUUGUGUCCAACCUGUUGAUCCGAGAGAGAAGUGGUCGUCUGAGCGCUGCCCAGUGUCUCAAGCAUCCGUGGCUCAACAACAUCUCAGAAAAAGCAAAGAGCAGCAACAUAGUGCUCAAGUCGCAGGUUCUCCUUAAGAAGUACAUGGCCAGACGAAUGUGGAAGAAAAACUACAUAGCCAUUGCUGCAGCCAACAGGUUUAAGAAGAUUGGAAGUUCAGGUUCCCUGACGUCGCUUGCAAUCUGAGUGUUCUUCUUAGUACAGAAAACAGUUUUUGCUUCUGUGAUAUGCAGAUCAUGCCUUUGUAAAUGUUCUGUGACUUUGUCUAUGUGCCAUUUUAACCCAUUCAACCACAUUGAUUAAACAGAACUGAUUAUAUUAUGCACAAGCAAACUGUUACAUUCAGCAUGUAUUUAUCUUUAGACACAUACUGUAUAUCUCUUGUGCUUGUUGGCAUGAGCCACAAAUUUCUUUUGUUUUCUGCAGGAAAACAUUUUCACAUGUAAUUCAGACAGAAAGAACUGAGUGAGGAUCAGUGUUGGGUGUAACUAGUUACUAAGUCAUU